AUGGAGAAGAACAAACAAAUUACUGCAGGACUUUGGAACCUGGAGAAGGCAGACGACAGAGGUGAGAAUGGCGUGUGGGCGGCCGAUGUGGGCGUGAGUGUAGUGGGCGUGUCAACCCUCAUGUCACCUGAUGUUGGGGUCUUCAGGAAGGUCGUGUGGGGCGUGACGCUUGGGAUGUCGCUGCUGGUCCUCGUGGGUGUGAUGGCGGGGCAGAUUGCUCGCUUCUUCUCCUAUCCGGUCAACAUGGACGUUCAGAUCUUCUAUAAUGACUCGCUCGUCUCACCUGCCAUCACCAUCUGUCCCUCGCCCAGGGGAAUGGCUGUGGAUCUGAACCCUUUGGCAGUCCAGGAGGAGUAUCAGAACCUGUUCCAGCAAAGGCCUUACCCGGGACUGAAGGAGGCGAUAAUGGUUCUCAAGAAGGAGUUGGAUGCCAAGGAACUGUGGGACCGUGUUGGCUGGAACAUGUCCGCUAUGAUCGAGAGAUGUUUUCAAGGGCGCGGGAGGUUAUGUGAAGAGGCGGGAGAGUUCAUCAAGACCUACACGAUCUUCGGCGCCUGUGUUACAUACAAAGGGGACCCCGCCACCUUACCUGGGUCCUAUCACGGCCUCUACCUCCGUCUGGGUGAGUUGGUGUACCUGAGACCCUGUUACCUGUGCCUUCUCUCUUUGUUCUUUACUUUCUCCUUCUUUUCGUUCUUGUUCUUCUGCUUCUCUUUUUUCUUACUGUCCACUUUUUUUCUUCUUUCAGUUUUAAUUUUCCUUUUUCUUCUUUUUUUAGGUCUUGUUUUCCUGUUUCUUUUCCUUGUUCUCUACUUUCUCUCUCUUUUACUUUUUAUUCUUCUCUUUUUUCUUCUUCUCUUCCGUCUCUUCUUUUCUGUUUAACUUGAUUUUAACUUGUUUUUUUACUUUAUUUCUUGUUCCUCCUCCUCCUCCUCUUUGUCCUUCUUCUCCUUCAUCUUCUUUUAUUCUCGUUCUCUCAUAUUCUUUCUACACUAUGUCUGUUUUCCCCUCCUUCUCUCCCUCCUCCUCCUCCUCCUC